AUGCGCUUGCCGGUGGAGUGGCAGCGCAUCAAGGAGGAGGCGUUUGCGCACCCCUGCCUGGUUGCAGCCUGCCUGGCGGCCUGGCCUGCCAUCCACUGCCUCAGCCUUUGCCUGUCGCUGCUGGCGGGGGAGUUCAUCUCCAGCUGGGCCUUCCACUUGGCUUUGCACAUCGCUGGCCAUGGCACUGCCUGGCAAGGUGUGGGCGAUGAGUCUGAGGAGGCGAGGCUGGCGGGAUCCUACUGGCAGCUGGGCUUUCUCGGCGUGGCCUCCUGCGUGCCCCCAGCCUGCGUGAUCAGUGUCAUUUGCCUGCUCCAGCUCACCGGCGAACUCUCGCGGCGCCGGGCGGUGUGGGCGCUCUACGCCCAGCUGCUGGCCGCGCUGUGGGCGCUGCUCAGCCUGCUGCUGAUGCUCAGGUUGUGCCAGAACUGGCGGAAUGCAACCUGUCAGAAGGCGGAGAAGAAAGGGGACAUCAUUUGCCAAGACCAGGUGAUGACGGUGCGUGUCUUCUCGGAGCUGGCGUGCUACUUUGAGACGGCCCUGGAGUGCGAGUUGGUGUUCAUCAUCCUCUGCUGCUACUUCUUCAACGCCUUGGUCUCGCUGCUGGGCUCCGCGCUCGGCGCCUUCGGCGCCCCCCGGCUCCGAAGCAACCAGCCGUUCUGA